AUUGGUCGGCCACCAUAACCUAACCGAAAAACGUCAUUCCGAAUGACGGACAGUUAAUAAUCAAAAAUAAUUUUCUGUUUUCAUAAUAAAAAUCUUCAAAAUUCAAGUAAAUCUCGAAUGGCAGCGCGUAACGUGGCCACGGCCACCGUACGGGCCGUAAAACGUAAAUUACAACCCACCAGACAGGCGUUACUCAUCACGCCCGCGGCUGUUAAUCGAAUAAAAGAGCUUUUAAGAGAAAAAAACGAAUACGUUGGUCUUAAGAUUGGUGUGAGGCAACGGGGGUGCAACGGAUUGUCAUACACAUUAGAUUAUGCAUCUCAAAAAGAAAAACUUGAUGAAGAGGUAGUCCAAGACGGGAUAAGAGUGUUUAUAGACAAAAAGGCCCAACUGACAUUGUUAGGAACCGAAAUGGAUUAUGUACAAAAUAAAUUGAGUUCGGAGUUUGUGUUCAACAACCCUAAUAUUAAAGGAACUUGUGGCUGUGGGGAAUCUUUUAGUAUAUGAAUGAAUUAAUACUCAAAAAUAGUAGAAUUGCUACUUACUAUUGGUUUUGUUUUCAUUUUGUUAGUGUUCAAUAAGGAAGCUGCCUAUUGUAUAUAGAGACUUAUAAAAAUGAAAGGGUAGAACUGAUGAAAUGUGUUUAUUUAUAUUACAUAUUUAUUGCAAAAAUAUAAAAAUUACUCAUU